AUGGACAAGUUCUCAAACAGCCUCAAGAUUGUCAUGGCACAUUGCGCCGUCAACCUGGCUCUUGACAUUUGGAUGCUUAUCCUGCCAAUGACCCAGCUGUAUAACAUCGGGCUGAAGAUCAAUAAGAGGAUCAACGUGAUGGCUAUGUUUGGCCGCGGUAUAUUCUAUUGGCUGACCCUGAAGAAGCGCAAACGGGCCAACAGCAAGUAG